AUUAUAAAUCCCUGCGGAUCGGAGGCCUCAUUUUUGCCGGAGUUCUCUUCAUUCUGGGAAUACUCAUCAUCCUCAGCAGAAAAUGUCGCUGUAAAUUUAAUCAGCAUCAGAGAACGGGAGAACCAACAGAAGAGGAGGGGUCCCUGCGAGCGUCCAUCAGGCGUUUAUCCAGCAGAAGAUUAUAGUCCACAUCGAGUUUUCUCCACAUCCGGCUUCACCCUCCAUAUAAUGUGUGACGGACCCCCCAGGCCUAUGUCAUGUGACACAAACAUAGGUCAGGGGGGCGGGGCUGCAGAGAAGACCAAGGAUGCCAUCUCCAUCAUGUGACAUCACAAUUAUCACCGCCGUACAGUGUGCGGACAAUAGGCUCCUCCCCCGAGCAUCUAAUCCUAUAUAAUUGUUAUAUAUUGUAUAUAAUGAGAUUGGGGUUAAUAUAUACCUAUAAUAUUAUAUCCUUAUAUUAAAUAACAUUUAGCCCUC